CUGUGGUAAAUAGGGGCUGAUAUCAGCCAAGAACAGAAAACCCCUCAGUGGAGGAGUAUUCUGGCAGACAAUGGACAGGCUGCACCCCUCUAUGAGGAAGCGUUUGUAUAGCCUUCCUCAGCACAUUGGAUCCAAAGCAUCUAUAAUGGACGAAGAAGAAGGUGAAGAGAGGGACACCUGGAGGAAAAGCAUUAAGCUCAAACCACUGCCUUCACCUUCUGCCCUCAGGCGCAUUGACCCUCGACCUGGAUCAAAGGAUUCCCAUCUAGUUAUGGAAACUGACAUGGGGAAAGCCCACAGAACAAGUAGCAAUGGAGAUUGCAGGAGAUUUACUGGCAGUUUGUCCUCCAUUGCAAGCUGUGGUCGGCACCUGCAUGAUUCAGAUCCCAGCGAGGGGAGAAGGCUUAUAUCUGAGGGGGACAUCAGCCCUACUGAAGAAAAGUCCCCUACGCUGGAUCCAGCUCCAGGGGAAUCAGGUAUAGGUUGCUCCCGAACCUCUCAGGCAGACUCCCAACCCUGGAGCUCUGACCUGAACAGCAGUUCCGUAAAGGUGGAAGCAAGAGAGCAGACUUUGUGUGGAGGGGAUGAGGAGCAGCGCAGUUUCAUGCACAGACAGUUUGGGGCACUUCUACAACCUGGGGUGAACAAGUUCUCCUUGCGGAUGUUUGGCAGCCAGAAAGCAGUAGAAAAGGAACAAGAUAGAGUAAAAUCUGCAGGAUUUUGGAUUAUUCAUCCAUACAGUGACUUCAGGUUCUACUGGGACCUCACCAUGUUAUUGCUGAUGGUGGGAAACCUCAUUAUCAUCCCAGUGGGCAUCACAUUCUUCAAGGAGGAGAAUACACCUGCCUGGAUUGUCUUUAAUGUGGUGUCUGAUACUUUCUUUCUUGUGGAUCUGGUUCUGAACUUCCGCACAGGCAUCGUUGUGGAGGAUAACACAGAAAUCAUCCUAGAGCCGCAACGUAUCAAAAUUCGUUACCUAAAGAGUUGGUUCCUUGUGGACUUUGUGUCCUCCAUUCCUGUGGAUUAUAUCUUCUUGAUUGUGGAGACACGCAUUGACUCAGAAGUCUACAAGACAGCCAGGGCACUGCGAAUUGUUCGUUUCACAAAAGUGCUCAGCUUGUUGCGACUUCUGAGGCUUUCCAGGCUCAUUCGUUAUAUUCACCAGUGGGAGGAGAUCUUUCACAUGACAUAUGACCUAGCCAGUGCUGUGGUGCGUAUUGUGAAUCUGAUUGGCAUGAUGCUACUGCUUUGCCACUGGGAUGGUUGUUUGCAGUUCUUGGUACCGAUGCUGCAAGAUUUUCCUGAUGACUGCUGGGUAUCCUUAAACCGUAUGCAGAAUGCCUCAUGGGGAAAGCAAUACUCUUAUGCCCUUUUCAAGGCCAUGAGUCACAUGCUAUGCAUAGGGUAUGGGCAGCAGGCACCAGUGGGCAUGUCAGAUGUUUGGCUCACCAUGCUCAGCAUGAUUGUUGGUGCCACCUGCUAUGCCAUGUUCAUUGGCCAUGCCACCGCUCUCAUCCAGUCGCUGGAUUCCUCACGACGCCAGUACCAAGAGAAGUACAAGCAGGUGGAGCAGUACAUGUCAUUUCACAAACUCCCAGCUGACAUGCGUCAGAGAAUUCACGACUACUAUGAACAUCGCUACCAAGGGAAGAUGUUUGAUGAGGAGAGCAUUCUGGGGGAGUUGAGCGAGCCUUUGAGAGAGGAGAUUAUUAACUUUAACUGUCGCAAGCUAGUGGCUUCAAUGCCACUUUUUGCCAAUGCUGACCCCAACUUUGUGACUUCAAUGCUGACAAAGCUUCGCUUUGAGGUGUUCCAACCUGGGGACUAUUUAAUCCGAGAAGGGACUGUGGGCAAGAAAAUGUUCUUCAUACAACAUGGCGUUGUCAGCAUCUUGAGCAAGGGCAGCAAAGAGACAAAGCUUGCAGAUGGAUCUUACUUUGGAGAGAUCUGUCUUUUGACACGAGGCCGGCGUACCGCAAGUGUAAGAGCUGACACGUACUGCCGACUGUACUCUCUUAGUGUUGACCAUUUCAAUGAAGUUUUGGAGGAAUACCCUAUGAUGAGGCGUGCCUUUGAAAGUGUUGCACUAGAUAGGUUGGAUAGGAUUGGCAAAAAGAACUCUCUACUCUUGCAUAAAGUACAGCAUGACCUCCGAUCUGGAGUGCUCAACUACCAUGAAAAUGAAAUAAUACAACAGAUUGUACAACAUGAUCGUGAGAUGGCUCAGGGACCCCGUUGCUCUCAAACAGAAGAUGAUACUUCAGCAACUCCUCCAACUCCAGUCAUCUGGACUCCCCUUGUACAGGCACCUCUACAAGCUGCAGCUGCUACCACAUCAGUGGCCAUCCCUCUCACUCACCAGCGCCUGCCAGCUACCAUUUUCAGACCUCCCACAUCUGGCCUAGGAGCAACAGCUCGUGGAUUCCGUCAGCUUCAACGAACCCCUUUCCCCUCUCACACACAAGGUGCUGAACUGCCAGUAUCCCAGCCAUCUUCGUUCCAUGUGCACCAACUGGCGGGCUUUUCUGCAGUGGGCUGUGUGAGUCCUAGGCCCCCACAUUCAAUGUCUUUGGUGGAGAGGUGCACUUCUCAACAGCCUAUGUCUCCACCAACUGCAGUAGAGUCUAUAAAGUGGGAGACUAGGGCAGACACCUCUCCCAGUUUCCUUAAACAUGACCUACCACAGUCAGACCAGCAGCUCCCUCCUCCCUCUUCUGGACAGUGCCAGGUUCUGAAUACCCAUUCACAGAGUCCCCCUUUUCUGGGAGGAAAAGAUCCUCCAUGGGUGUUACCCCCUCCACUGCAAAAAUCUGACUCCCCUGGGAGCUCUCCCUCAGCUCUCAGUCCUGGCCUUGCCCGGACCAUUCAGGUGUGCGGUUCUUCGCGAUCUCUUCUCCUUCCUCAUACUGUUUCCAUGUCCCCUCAAACAAGCAGCUGUGUCUCACUCCCCCUCAACAGGCUCAGGCAAGAUGGUCGGCCAAUCUCUGUGUCUCAACCUUCCUUGCCCCAACCAAUUCCGAGCUCUCCGCACCUUCCGCAGCAAUUCAACCCCGAUUUCACCCUGCUACCAAGAGUUGGUAGCCCAGAAUUAUCAGGCCAUGUGACGUUGCCACGAAAAGGUCCUUCAGAAGUAGGAUUUGGUGUAAGAGGUUCUGGUGUAGAGGACCUACCUGUGCCCUCCAAACUUCCUAGUAAUCUAUGA